CAGCGAGCUUCACCAGAAUCAUUUUCAACGCUCAACAGAACAAAGAUCUAUUCAGUGAAAAUGGUGCGUUCAGUUUUCCGAGUUUAUAUACUGAUGUUGGUUGCCGUGACAUUCGUCAUAGCAAAAAAUCCACAAUUACCAUGGGGUACCCCUGGCAUACCAAGCAUACCAAGCAUACCUAGCAUACCUAGCAUACCUAGCAUACCUGGCAUACCUGGCAUAAAACCAACAACCAGUUCUGAAAGAACCGAUGGCUUGCCGCCUACUACUAGGCGCACCUGUCCCGAGCCCACCGAUGAAUUGAAGGCGUGCAUACGCCAAUGGGAUUGUCAAGAAUUGCUACGUCUCGAUCUACGUUGCCUGCUAAACUUGAAUGGUCUCCCACUAGUUGGCAAUCUUUUGGGUGGUGUAUUGGGUGGACUUGGUGGACAGUCUCCAACACAACCGCCAGCUCUUGGUACACAAGGUGGUGGAUUGUUAGGAGGUCCUGGUGGCAUACUUGGAUCCCUAUUGGGUUGAACGCACAUGUAUCUACAUACAAGUAUUAAAUUUAAGCUUGCGCUGCAUUAAAUAUGCAACGAGAAUCAAAUAAAUUGCAUAUUACGUUUACAUUCAUACGUAGAUAUGUAUGUACAUAUAUAAAACGAUUGAAUUUGUUUUUUUAUGACUUUUCGGGCAUACAAUUUAAUGAUAGUAUGGAAAUUUACAAAAAGAUUUACAAAAAUGU